AUGUCUUUCGACCUUAGCAAGCCAAACCGCAAGAUCCACGCCGGCGUGAUCUUAACCAAAGGCAUCACUGAGAUGCUCGAUGUAGCUCCCUUCGAAUUCUUCCACUGGACGGGCAAGGAGGCCGUAGCUGCUAUGAAUCUCCCUGAGCAUAUGAUGGGAGACGCACUCGAAUUUGAGCUGCACUGGGUCAAUGAGGAUGGCAAGCCGGCUAAAAUGGCGAGCAAUGCUCAGAUCCUGCCCACUGACUCCUUUGAGUCUUGUCCACCUCUCGACAUCGCUCUCAUGGGUGCUCAUGAUUUCAAGUACAAGACAAGCCCUACCGAGAUUGAAUUCAUCCGCAAGACCUUUGAGAACUGCAGUGCGUUCCUUACUAUCUGCGGUGGAAUGGUGCCUCUGCUUGAGGCUGGCAUCCUCGCUGGCAAGACAUCCACUUGUCCUCGGUCGAUCUUCGAGUUGAUGAAGAAGACCGUGCCGGUUGUCAAUUGGGUCGACAAGCGCUGGGCCCAGGAUGGCAAGUUGUGGACGGCCAGUACCCUGCUCAACGGUACUGACUUGAUUCGCGCCUUCGCUACAGAGACUUGGGGCGGAAGAACGGGAAUGAUUGAGGCUUUCCUUGAUGCUGGGCAUUAUCCUGAGAGGGAUGUUGACUUCAAGGAUUUCAAGGGGCACCAUUACCCCAUUGAGCAGAUUCCGAGCGAGGUAGCACUCUCCUCGUGA